AUAUAUCAUAUAAAGUACUUUAUUUCGUGCACGCAUCAUGUUUGCAAUGGCUUCAUAUAUUUAAAUGAAGAAGCCUAACUCAAAAAAUGGUUGUCUUCUGAAGAAAAAAACAUUGCCAUGGGCACCUUUGUAGGACACAUAGUUCCUGGAUCAGCACUUGCCCUUCUUGGCCUGUGGCACAUGAUCAACACCAUUAGAUCUUACCUUGUGAAAGGCCCUGCAAACUUCACUGUAAGAUUCUGGUACCAAUUUAAUACCCCUAAGUCUAGACUUAAACACUUGGAGCUUGUUUCCAUUUUAUCUUUUUCCAUCCUCGCAAUUUUCAUGCAAGUUCUAGACUUUCCUCAUUUCCACUAUGCUUUUAAGCUUGUUCACUUUGAGCAUGCAACUAUGUUCAUACACCUUGCUUUGUUUGCUGGUUUCUCCCUCUCGACUGAGUUAACUGAUACACUUGAUCUCUUCUCUGGAUUUGUUGGGAUACUUGCAUCCUCAGUGUUUAGUCAAGAGCUCUUCCUACUCCAUUUUCACUCCACAGACCAUGUUGGACUUGAAGGCCAUUGCCACUGGUUGUUGCAGCUUAUAGUGCUUGUCACACUUCUAGCAUCUCUGGCUGCAACUAUUUUCCCUAACAAUUUCAAUGCGGCUCUUGUACUUUCUAUUUCAGUCAUCUUCCAAGGGUGUUGGUUUAUAAACAUGGGGUUUAUGCUAUGGGUUCCUGCAUUUGUCCCUGAAGGGUGUGUAAUGAAUUUGGCCAAAGCCAGUGGCAAUGACAUGCUUGGAGCAGUUACUUGUGGCUCUAAAGAGGCUUAUUUUCGGGCCAGAGGAUUAGCCAAUUUACAAUUCAGUUGGAUCCUUUCUGCAAUUCUGAUAUUUGCAGGAAUUGUUUGCUUGAAACUAGCUAGAAAAUGCACCAUUACAAACCGGUUGGAAUAUGAGAGACUUCAAAGCAAAGGUGCAGACUCUGCUAAUGCCAAUGAAAGUUUUAAGCAGGCCAAACAAUCGACCACAGUUUGUUAAAAAGGCCUGGUGCAUGCAUUUUUAAGGUCUCAAGUGUAUAUAAGAGACCUGAUUUUAUGCCAUGCAAUGCAAUAAGCUAUAGUGUAUUUUAUACUAGCCCAGGUUUACAUGGAGGUCGUAUCCAACAAUCUGUUGGGUUUUAUAACUUGUCAGGAAAUCUUUAACAAAUUUAUCAGCUAUAUGAUGUUGGUACAGUUUUAAAACUGUCUAGUGUCUAUUAGGGUAUUUGUCUUCUGUGGUAGGAUCUUUCAAUAAAUGUAAGAAGCAUGCUAUCUCAAGAUCUUGUUCAUUACAUCAUAAACUCCCUUAAAUUUCAAUGAAUUAUAAG